CGGAGUGUCACCUGGGUGCUCAUAGGCAUAUACGCGCACAAACACACACACAGAGAUACUCCACUAAUAUACAAACGUCAUUGCAUAUUAAGUCCGUUUUUACCUUAAUUCGUCUCUCUAUCUCCUUCUCUUUAGCUAUAUUCUUCUCUAUGUCUCGCUUAUUUGUCAUUAACACGCUCACACGGAUAUGUUAAUGCGAAUCACUACCGGUACGUGUCACUCGCUCAUAGCUCACCGACGAUGUAGAUAUGAUUGGACUAGCAAUUGUAUUACUGUUUCGCGAUCGUCGCUUUUACCUAUAGCGUUUACGCAACCAGAAAAUUUAAUUAAAUGGGAUUAGUGUUAACCGAUGUGUCGGCCAUCGCACUUGAUAUGUGUCUUUUCUUCUUCCAAAGUUCUCUUCGCAGGUUCCUUCGCGAAGAUACUCAUGUAGAUGUCUAUACGAAUAUACAUAUAUGUGUAGAGAAGACGAGCUAGUCAAUCGAGACAAGGUGUCGAAGAUACUCUGGUUUAGACAACCUAGAUAUUGAAAUAAAUGAAGAAGGGAAAAAGAGAAUAAAUGAUAGAGAGAAAGAGAGAGAGAAAAUUUAUAACGAAGAGAAAAAAUCUUGUACGUGACAAACGGGAAGUUUGUCAGGAUGAAGAUGAGAAAGUGGUAAAACUGGGAAGUGGUCGAUUUCAUUAGUCUUUGGUUCAUCUCGUUUUUACUCCAUCUUUUUUUCAUUGAGGGAGCAAUUCGGAGCCCGAGCCUGAGCCCGAGCACCGCUUACGAACACUGCCUUGAAGGCUGAGAGAAGAGGAAGGUGGUGCUGAGGUGGUGAAGUGGUGAGAGGUGGAUGAGGAGAAGAGGAGCCGUAUAGUAGUGUAUAUCGUGUCAUAAUCGACAUCGAAGAAUCGCAUUGUCCUUCUCGAUAGAACGCCCCUAAUUCUGGCUUGUUAACGAGACCGCGUGUCCGUCGCCGAGAAACAGCCGGCCUUGUGCGUCGCUCGCUAACGCAGCAGCUGUGUGUCAUUGUCCCACUGCCCCACACACCGCGGCCUCAUGAUUGGUUCAUUCUGGAACCUCUGCCGUGCGUGCCCUUCAAUGCCGAUUGACAAGCAGCUUCAUUCGGAAUACAGGAGCACGUACACAUGGCACGAAUAUACAGGACCGCACGCGGAGCUCGCGGUUGUGCGACGUGCGCCGCAACCACCACCGUUAUCGACGAAGCAACCAAGCGCGAAGCUGCAAUCGGCCAAGUCAACCGAGGAUGAGAACAGCGAAGGGCCCACUCUGGAACCGCCAUUACCUAGAAGAAAGAAAUGUCCAGAGCUUGCUUACAAGACGCAUGAAUUUAUCACAGCAGCAGACGGUGGUGGUAUCGAUGCAAUUGAUUCGAACGUCGUAGCUGAUAAGCAGGAAGUCACAUCGACACUGCCACCAAGUCAGCUCAGCAAAGCGAUAUCUCGUAUAAGCACCGAAUAUCGGUUGCAAUUUGCAUGGCCUAGAAAACCACAGCUGAUGAAUGGCGAAACUCAUGCACCGGUUUUAGCGGCGGGUCUUUCCGCGGGCACUACAGGUCCUCCAAGGAAAUCGCUCAGUAUGGGAGCUCUUAAACAAGGCAUGACGACUACUGGACCGGCACCGGUACACAAAAAGCGACCAGGAGACUUCGAUCACAAACGCGACGGAAUUCAGGCAUCAGAACUGGAACCAUUAGUAGGCAGCGGAACGGAUACAAUCGACGGCAUGGUACCAGAAGGCGACGAGCGCGAAGAGGAUUUGACGGAUUUGAAAAUAACUUUCAGGAAUAAAAAGUCAAAUAAAAUCGUGCGGGUAUCGGACAAUAAGAAGUCGGGCAAAUCGCAACCGAAACCAUUUCCCAUGGCGGAGGUAAUCGAACUUCGGCGACUCGCUGACGAGUACAAGCAUCGUGACUGGGGUUGUGGUCUGACGGCCGAAGACGAGGCUUCAUUGUGGAAACAAGUCUCCAAUAAUCAUGCACUCAACGCUCUAUCUCUUGCCAGAUCGGUUACCAAGGAGGAAAAGGAGAAAGAGAAUAGGAAGGUUGCACCGAUUGUCAAUAUGGUUACAACAAUGCCACCAGCGGGUCGACCAUCUUCGGUGCAAGCUAGACCGAUACAUGGUAUAUUGCAGGAUGACACUAAAGCGGAUAAUGAUCGAGCCAUUGCUCGCGCAAGAAAGGAUUUCUUGAUCCGCCAUCAUCUUGAUCGUACUACUGGUGUGGGUGACGGUGCACUGCUUCCCUCUCCGACACGAGAGAAGUUGGAGCCAGUCAUCCCACGACGACGCGACGAUAUCAAGGAGCAUCGAGAUGAAAUUCAGCCACGAACUAAAUCCAGUCCGAAGAACAGUCCGAGAACCGGACGCUCGCAAAGUCUUGGACCGACUGUCACUGACCGCAGAUCACCUAAACGUCAGCCUAUACGUGCACCAUCAGUUACUAAGGACGCUAAGGAGAAGGAGAAAGAGACGAAGGAUAAGGAACAAAGAGAAAAAAGCAGCGAGCGCGAAAGGCAUCCACGACCGACGGGUGUUUCAGCGGCGGGCCCAGGCCAUCGUGUCCGUUGGAGCAUACGAGAGUUCGCGACUCCAGUUUCCUCAGUGACUGGCUCGUUGACACCAUCUAUACCGCCAUUAUCGCCGCCACCCCCGGGCCCAGGGCCUACUCUACUUCACAGGAAACCCUUGCAAGCCGCGCAUCGUAAAUCCUUCCUCGCGACCACCGCCCUUCCCCAUCGCCCUCUUCAUCAUGCCAAAUUCACAACCACCAUCACCACCAACACCACCACCACUGUCACUACCGCUAACAGUACUAGUGCAAGUACCGCCCCGGUAAAACGUUCCCCGGUAAAGCAUUCGGUUCAUACGACCGUCCAUCACCCACCUACGUCGGGUGCUGCUGCUGCGGCCAGGCCGGAGCGCGGCGUUAAAGAUUUAAGCCAAAGGUGCCGAAGUGCGAAUGACGAGGUUCAGACAAAAUUGGCCCGCGGGCAUCCAGCAGCUGCGGCUGCAGCCGCCGGCAAUGAUCCAUCAUCCAAAUCAUCCCUCGAUACGCGAUCCGCAUCAAAUCAAGCCGCUACUGCCGUCGUCCAAGCUAUGACGGCGGAGCCCCAGAUAAACGGGGAUGUCACCGGUGGAGACUCAAGUGUCGCUUCGACGCCACCGUCGCAAACACACGCGGUAGCACCGAUAUCUGCUACACAAGCAAAUCAAUGGUUGGAUGACGAACCAGUAGUGAAGAGUCCGCCGGAACCGACAAGGGUAAAGUCGCCAGAACAGAUGAUCAUGCGUUCGCCAGAACCUGUAAACUGGACCGUACCUCUUGACACUGGCAAAACUUUCACUGUUACGCAAAAUGUCCGAGAAGAACCCCUCACGCGUCCGCAUAGCGAGACAAAGACGUGGGCACCAUCGUCUGUACCAUCAGCACCGCAAUCAGCACCUCCAGAACUCGCGGCACAACAUAAAUCACAGCAUUCUCAGCACUCCGGCUACAAGUCGCCCGAGAGUGAAAGCGUCUCACUUGGUAGUUUUAGCGGCAUAAACGGCCACAAGGAUCUGGACUCAGAAAGGGAUAGUCCAUUGCCCACGAAUAUACAGGAUACAUCCACGAAGACUGAGAAGAUAAUUGAGGAGACGAAAGAACGACAAAGCCCAGAAUCGUCGGCAAAAUCCGUGGCAGGUACGAAUUUGAGAUGCUUGGAGGAUCCGAUGUUCGAAGAGAAGAAAAAAGAUAGCAGUCUGCCGACAACGACGACGCUGGUGACAACAACUACGUCAUCUACGUCACCUGCAACACAAAGUUACCGUAUUCUCGAGGCUGAAUCGUCACCUCAGGAUACUGGCGGUACUACGAGCACCGGAAGUAGCACUGUAGGCGGUUAUCACGUUUUAGAGGCACCAGCAAUAGUGCCGGAAUCCACACAACGCUCGGCGGCGAGUGACGUUCUUGAAAAAGCGCGUAAUCGCUUUGACAAGUUCUGGGGAAAAGGUAAUAAUGGCUCAGAGAAUUAGAAGUCUCCCGCGUUCUUUAAAAAAAAAAGGAAAAGAACGUUUCAACGAAGGAUUCCACGUUUUUUGUCUCGGAAAGGCAAGAUGACCCUCCCUGAAAAGGGACAAAAUUCCACCUUCCUUCCCGUUGGUCUGACCACGUACUGUCAUAGCUUCUAAUUGCUUGAGAAACGAGAUAGUAGUACAUGAAAAAGUGAAGAGAUGAGCCGAGAUAAUGUCCCCGAAAAAAACUUUUCCCACUGAUCACCGAUGAUAAUUUAAGAUCCUCGUGACCGAAACCUUUCAGAUUUCUUCACAUUAGCGUAUUGCUGAUUCUGAUAUUCGAAAAAAAAUCACAUUUACCGAAUAUAAAUUAGAAUUUCUCAAAGAAUACGAUCGCACAUCAAUAUGAAAAGAAAUAUUUUCAUUAAAAAAUAAAAAGGCAAGAGACAACUGUAACAACUAAUCAAUGCUGCUGAAGAUUCCUGAAAAUUAUGAUCGAUAAUUGAUUUACGCGUUUAUUGGAGACAACUAAAGUGCAAAAAUAGUAUACGAUCAAAAUGAUCAAGAUGAUAUUAAAUAUCUGGAAUUAAACAAGAUUAGAUCCUAAAACUUCCACGAAGGAAUAUAAAUUCGAAACGAUAAAAAAAUCUUUAAAUCAAAUUAUCGAUCAUUAAUACGAAAGUUUUAAUAAGAAAGUUUUUUCUUUCUUCGCAAUUAGAAGAUAGACCGUAGAAUAUCGUGGAUCCGCGCAGAUAUAUCAUUAUUACAAAACAAUUAACAAAAAAAUGAUGUCAUUCCUGACAAAAAAACGUAAAGAUAAAGAAUCCAAAUUAGGGUGAAGGACUGACACGAAAAACUUAUACAAUGACGGUGCGUGCAGGUAAUGCGUCGGUUUCGAAUUCAAGGAAUAACUUGAGAACAUAACUAUUUAACAUUUACACACACAUGCUUACAUAUACAAACACAUGCUAAAAAGAUAUUCGUAUAUUUCAUCUUCGAUUGAUCAAUAAUCUCAUUGCGUGAUUUCAUAGGUUGCAAAAACAAAAUACAAUAGAUCACGUGAGAUGCAUAUAGGUGCGUAAAUUUAUUUGCUCAUCCAUCUUGUUUGGAAUAUUUUUCAUAUUUCAUAUAAAAGACAAAAAAAUAUUGCAAAGUGUAUCUGUCAAAAUACAUCGUUUUAUUUAUAUUAAUAUAUGGGAUAAAUAUAUAUAGUAAUGUUUCUUCUUUGUGCAAAAUUAGCUGCAAAAAAUGGGAUGUAAAAGGAUUUAUUUUAUCAAAAACUUUUUCUUUUUUUAUCCACAUAUACACACACAUAUAUAUAUAUAUAUAUAUCAAACAUAUAUGCGGAUACAAAUACACGUACGCACAUACAUACGUGCAUUUACCGACACGUGGACAAGUAUUUAAGACGAAAUACACAUUUACGCGAAUACAUUAACGUUAUAUAGGAUAUUAAAGUGGUCCCGUACAUACGAGAUCGACACAUAGUUAAAUCCGAAUUCUUUUUCCAUUUAUAAAACUCGAAGCCGAGUAUCGAGUAUCGAUAGGUAAAAAAACAGCUUGUUGCUAUAAAUAAAUAAAAUCGGGAAGAAUAAGUAGCCUUUUAAUCGCUUCUCGUGCGUUUUAUAUAAGUCUAUAUAUGGAAUAUAUAAUAAUUAUAUUAACACGUAUACACUAUGUAUACAAUUAUGGGAUAUUAUAGCACUCGCGGAUUAUAAAUAAAGUGCGGUAUCUCAUUGAGAAUUCUUCAGAUCGGCAAUAUCACUAUUAAAUAAUAUUAUUCAAUGAAAUACUAUUAUGCAACUUAAUUAUUUGCAGAAGAUUAUGCCUAAAUAUUUUACGACAAA